CAGGAACCACAAUUCCCAAGAUGCACUUGCAAUUAACUGUGGACAGGGGGAAGGGAAGCUGUCAAACUGAGAUUGGAGGGAGAGAAAUUAAGAUUGCAGUUGUUCAUAACGACCAGUUUGGCUGGCACAUGGUAUGACCACCCCCUACUGGUAGCAUCCUGUCAGGAGAAGAGUUUCACCUCCCGUUGUCAUCACUGGUCACAAACAACCCUAUAGCCUUUGGACAUCAGGCACCAACAUUGAUGUCCACCCCUGAAGACCGAGUCUUAGGGACAUAAGAUCCCGCCUGUUUUAAAGACAGAGGUCAGUAACUUUCACAUGAGCCAACAGCUGGUUUCUCACCAUCAAAGAGCACAAGUGACUGUGGUGUGGAGUGGAUGUAGCUAUGCUACUGUGCUGAUACCAAGGUGGCCCUCAGGUUCCCAAGUGCCAAAGCAAUGAAGUGUCCAGGUCAGGCAGAGGCCAUCCCAGCCCAGCAGUGCCCAUACCCAGUCCUGGACUCUCUCUGAUGGGGGAGGAGACUCACUUGCCGGGGAGAUCCACAGAGGCAAGGAAGUAGAGAGAGGCCCACUGGCGUCCUCCAAUCAGUGGUCAGGGACAGAGACCAAGACGUUUUAGACAAUCAGUUGUCCGGGGGGGUGCAGCUUUUGACACAACACCCUCUUCCACACAAUACUAGAACAGUCACCUGGCUGCGGGGUCGCUGUGUAGAGUUAGAGACAGCUGAAGAGACUCUGAGGUUUUACCACAAACUGUUUUCCGCUAAAAGAAGAGGAAACAAAACCAGGUUGUUCCCGAGGAACACAUGCUAGCCUGAGAUGAAGUAGCUCCGUUCAGUGAAAUCAAUCCGUUGGACGGGACCCACUGCAUGCUUGUGUGUGUAUGUGUGAGAGAUAAAGAGUGUGAGACAGAAGCUUCUACAGACUAUUUGAAGAAACAGUGUUUGGACAGAGCACGACAGAGCGUCGGACCAAACGCCAUGGGGGACCAAGCUACGACCACUCUGACCGCCUCGCUCUCAGCCCACGAAACCAGAGGACUGUAAGAAGGCGCAACCCGGAUCACGAACACACACUUCUUCACACACACGCCAAAACUUAUGCAAUGGAAGGAGACGUUGGUUUAGUCGCGGUGUACGCAGAGCGAUAAUCUCUGUUUGGCAAGCUUGGAACGUUGUAACCUUGUCCAUACUGCCAGGGUCUGAAUGGUUUGUCCCACGAAUGUAAACCGACAGAGGAAUUCUCCAAUGGCCACUCCCACCUCAAACCUGUCAUGAAUGGGCAGACGCCGGGUCACAGUGUCAAAGACCACACCAAUGGAAACUCCCAGCUAACCCUGCUACCUAUUUCAGCUUUGAAGCAGAAUGGUCUUCUACAGACACUGGCUGCUGGAGGGGAGCAGCUCGAGACUGAGGAGGAGAACACAGAGCUGGAGCAGGCGAGGGAUGAGUGGGAGGCUCUUGAGAACAUCCAACCAGCGCUCAGUGAGGAGUCCUGUCCCACCCCUCUCAUCUCCUUCAACGAGGCCCUGCAACACUUCCAGACCGCAGACCUGGGAGAGCUGCUGAAGAACAUCCAGCCCACCGUGCGCAGGUCGGGGCUAGCCGCCCUCACACACUUCCUGUUUGGCCCGCCGCGAAUUCACCGAGAACUGCUGGAGGAGAGGGACCUGGUCUUUGCCAUCGCACAAUGUUCCCUUGACAACAGCCAGCCAGUGCACAUGCGUGUGCUGCAGACGGUGUACAAGCGUCUGACCGGCAGCAGGCUGGACUGCCCUCGCUAUGGAACUCACUGGGAGACCAUCGGCUUCCAGGGUACAGACCCAGCCACUGACCUGCGUGGUACAGGCUUCCUGGGACUGAUGCACACCCUCAACCUGGUGAUGGACCCUGAGACACUCCCUCUAGCCAGGGACAUCUACAAACUCUCCCAGCACCCUACGCAGAACUUUCCGUUCAGCGUGAUGUCCAUCAACAUGACGCGCAUCGCUCUGCACGCGCUCAGAGAAGAGGCGCUGUCCAAGGAGUGUAACCGUCGGCAGCAGGUGGUGGGGGUUCUGAAUGAGUUCUACGUGGCUACCUUCCUGCACCUUCACCAGCUGUGGAAGAGCCAGCAGAAGACCAUCUCAGACUCGGGCUUCGUGCUCAAAGAAGUGGAAAUGUUCGCCAAAAAGAACCCCAAGCAGAUGCUGCGCCGCCUGGAGCUCUUCCUGAAGGAGAGGCGGUCGGCCAGGGCUCCCCGGGGCCCCUCCCCUGACCCCCAGGGCCCGCAGCGCUCUCCCUGCCUGGAGGAGCAGGGCUCCAGCACACGGGGGAAGGAGAUGCACUUCACCGGAGUGUGUGACCUGCCACCUGACAUGGAGGGGGAGGCCCGGCUCAUAUAAGCUACAGAGAGAACGAGAGAAAGUGUGUGUGUGUGGACAGUGUGUAUGUGUGUGUGUGUGUGUGUAGACGGUGUGUGUGAGACACUUCCCCCUCUCCCCAGCCUCUCUCAUAUAUGAUGAUAAACGAUGUCAGAAAUAUGAUGUCAAUAACGAGGGACUACGACUUGUCCCUACACAGCUCUACCCUACCCAAUCCUACCCUGCCCUAAACUACCUUGUUCAGUCCUUGCCUGACUUGUUCUGUCUUACCUGGUCCGUUCAGGGUAUUGAAGCCAGGUGUGUCGCUGCCAGAUCUGCUUCCCUCUAGAUGGCCACAGUGCGUGUCAGAAUGUUAGGCCAUCGGCCAGCAAGCCAGUACGUUAGUGUGUGUCACUGUGUCUAUUCACCCAAACCCGACCCCAACACAGACACCCUGUAGGAGCUGUAGACACAGUCUAAUCUUUCUGUAUGUGUGGAUGUGUAUGUGUGUCUGUGUGUAGCAGGUCGCCCCAAAGGCUGAUGGGAGUUGUAGUCCGAAGGUUGAGAGGUCUGUUAGACUAGCUCCAGAGCUCCCUGUCUUCAUGGGGGGGAUAUAUUUUGGAAUAACAAAAAAAGACAAACUAUUGAUAAAUAUGUAUUGAAUUAUAUUAUAUGAAUAAAUGCACUUAGAGAUUAAGUGAGAAGGCUAUUAUUCUGCUAUGGAACUGUUACAGGGAAAAUAAAAAGCCUCUGAGUCAGAGUUGGAGGCUGAUUAUACAUAUAAGAGACUUUAUAUAACGUAUAGACUUUAUAAACGUAUGUAGCAGCGGUUGUUUGAUACAACACGUACGUGAAAAACUCAAAUAUGGUCACUGGAUCUGAGAGGCCUAUUCUUUGGUCCAGUGGUACCUUUGUGGUUCCCUGUUGGAGAAGGUUUGUGGUUCAAAUCCCCACCUCGCCCUUCUGUGACCUGUACGACUGGCCAGUGUCAGACUACAGCCAACAGGUUUCUUAACAUUCCUCCACUUAAAGAGCAUGUGAAUCUAGUUUGUUCAGUUCAAGAAAACGGCAAUCACGUGUGUACUGGUACUGUGUGUGUGUGUGUGUUCCACAUCUGUGCAUCCUAGUUCCGGCUCCUGAUCGGUUAUACAAGACUGGCUUAAUGAUUGGUAAAUAGCGGCUGACCAUGUGACUGGUCAGUAAAGGCUGCCUAUCUGAUUGGUCAGUAGAGGCUGAGCAUGUGGGGGGAGUCUCUGAUUGGUCGACUCGGUCCCUUCUAAUGAUGUCACACACUAGAUUGUUACUCUUGUUGGUGCCCACGGUGUCUGUUGUUUCCUGAAGUCCAGUUUGCCUACAGAAUAUAACCUCUCUGUUUAGGCUCCUCAAACACGUUGUAGAUAUACAGUUAUAUCUUCUAUAGACAUUGAACAUUGUAAAUUCGUACUCACACCAACAUUGGUUUAACGUGUCUGUCUUCUCUAUCUAUAAACGUACACCCACUUCUCUUAAGUUCUUGUUAUUUUGCCAAGUGUUCGCUAGUGUUUCAGAUGAAUAGCAGAAUUUGCACUCUUAAUAGAAUGUUGAUGGUGUAUGACUGUUGCUAGGGAAAGAGUGUUGUGCUUUUUCUUUGUUUUUAACCAAUCGGAAACAACCAUUCUCAGCUGUAGAACUCUCCUUGUCUUCUCUGCGUUCGAUCACAAGACUUUGAUGCCAUCGCCCUGACCCCUGACAUUGUUCAUGCCACUGCUUUAGCCCCGUGGAUUGACUUCACAUACGUCAGGUUUUCAUCUGUCCUAGCAGAAGUUCUAGUCCCAGGACAGUGUGUGUGUGUGUGUGUGUGUGUGUGUGUGUAAACAGGAUGGUGGGUGUAUGUGUACUAGUCCUAGGACACCGUUUGUGGGUACUAGUUUAAGGACAGUGUGUGCGGGGGAUCUCAUUCCCCACAGUACGUUUGUACAUGGAGUAUAUGAUGAUUGUAACUAUGAUUGUCAGUAGGGCAUUAAUACUGAAACACAUGGCUUACCUCAAGACUAGAGACAAACCUUCUCUCUAUCCUCCCUUUCACGCCCCCCCCCCCCCCCCCCCCCCCCCCAUCCUCCCCCCUUCCCCCCCAGAGAGCAGUCUCGUUCUGGCCCUCUGACAAACACCCCUCUACCACAGGUCUGACGUAGCGUAUAUUCGACACCUGAUGCACUAUCUUAUAGCUAACUAACACACAGGACGGUACAUACGUUAUAGCUAUAUAAA